AUGCUACCUCCAACGGCUGCAGUACGGUUGGUUGCUCUGCCCGUUUGCCUAUCCCAUCCCAUCCCAAUCCACACAAUCCAAACCUACAAUCCACAUCUGUCUCCCAUCUCCCAUCUGCCAUCUGCUCCUUCAUUCUUGCCUUUGUCUUUGACUGAUCCUCCCUCCGUUCUGCCCGGCCCUCCCUCCGCUCUCACCUUACUCGUCAUCACCUGCCGACCACGACCUCAGACCUCACCAAGCUCCACUUUGCCCACGACCGUUCCAAACCACGACACACCCGUUUUACUCUCACCAAACCAGCUUCUCACCAAAGCCACGUCAACCCUUCCCUCGCUCGCCUCUCCCUCCACCGGCCUUUGCCCUCCCAUUUCCGCCAGCAAGGCCGUGCAUUCAGUCAGCUUCCUGUAUACCCCAACAUCUCACCCCACCGGCUCCGGCGCUGCUGCUUGGGCGUUGCGACUACCACCACCUGCCGACAUCCUGCUUCAACCGCGCGCCGCUUCCCUCAACCGAAACCCGCCCUCCGGUCCUGCCACUCGACACGCCGGCCGCGACACCUCGCUCGGCACCCCCCUCACUCCUUCAACGGGCUGCUCGCAAACGGCCAGUCUUCCGCUGCCCACCGGCCUGUCGAGACAUGGACAAAUGAGCGUUAACGGUGCCCCGAGUGCCCCUGCGCAUGGCCCUGACUCGUCCACGAUGCCCUCCCGACGCUCCAGCUACCCUCUCUCGGCCGCCACCGAGGCUGCUGCGCGCGCCAUGGCCAUUAAUGCUCGCGAUGGCCGCCAGGCCAAUGCAGCUGCAGCCGACUCCCCCGAUCCCGCAGACACGAUCGCCGUUGCCGACACGGACGGCGCCUUUGAAGGCGACGUCGCCGUCGACGGCCCUCCCUUGGCCGCCUCAGUCUCCCCGCCUCAGCUUCAACUCAACGAGUAUCGAGAAAAGCUGGCUCGUGACUUGGAGCGCCGUGAGCAUCAAGUUAGAGGCUUGGUACCCGCCACGCCCACCGUCGACAAAAUCCGUACUGUCGUCCCCAUCCAAGAGGAGCCAUCGCCUUCUCCGCCGUGGGCCUCCUCCAAUCUCAACACCUCGUCUACAGAGUCCGGCAAUACCGUCCGUGGCGCCAUGACGCCUGCCAUUCUCGCCCGCACACCUUCCUACCCGUUUCCCAGGAUGGCCACUACUCCAACCGCUUUCAGUCCCAGCCAACCCUUCGUCAACACUGCCAACCCCGCAUCUCGCAUCAACAUCGCCAUUCCCCAACACGAACCUCGGGCAGUCUUGGAGCGCGUUCUCUCCGAAACCUCGACUCCCGCAUCUGCCUUUUCUUUCAACCCUGGCGCGACUCACAUGCCCGAAAGCAUCGACUUUCCUAGCCCGGAUCUCUACAAUCUAUCUCUCCUUCUCUCUUCGGAGCCGGGCUUGGACGCAUGGUGGAAUACCGUUAUUCAAAUAAUGAGAGAUGUCUUCCAGGCUGAGCGCGUGACCCUGUCUGUGCCUGCCGAUGCCGCAGAUUUAGAAAAUGUCCCUUGGGGUCAAAAAGCCACUUACAAUGAACACCAAGAAGACGAGCUCAGUCUCGGUUACAUGGCCAAAGGCAGUAGCGCCGUCCAAAGCAGCAAUGCUGAGGCUGCGGAUGCUCUACCUUCGCUCGACGACCUCGCCUCGCCCGCAGAGGCGUCACCCGUUCGCCCUGGCCUGCAUAGUCGUCAUUCUUUCACCAGCUACGAAGAGAAAAAGGACCCAAUGCCAACGACACCGCGUCGACCUAACCAUUUGUCGCGAAGCAAGACCUCGGCCCCGGUUCCCUCAAGAGUGUUGCGUUCUGGCACCCGCCUUGACAGAACCAAGCUUGAGGAGCAUGACUCUCAAGCUCAAGAGGGCUCCGCCAUUCCUAGCUGGGAAAUUCCGUUCCUGGCACGCUACGAAGGUCAAGGCAGAGUUCACUCUGUCCUCCAAGCCCUGGACUUUGAGGCUGAUCCGCUUCUCGAUCACGCUGGUGUUGUCAGAGUCCUAGAACGAGGUGGCCCCGUCACUCUAACAAGGUCGUAUCCAUACCUUCUUCCAAAUAAUCGGGAGAUGGACGCCUCCAAAAUGGCUGCUGCCGACUCGCUCAAAAAGGCCAAGAUAAACUCGUCCGAAUCUCUAACUAGUCUAUCCUCAAUCUUACCUACCGCCUCGACCAAACCCGCCGCCAAAGGUAAGCAGCCUGCCACCAUUGAUUGCGUCGCCCGCGACGAUGAGCAAACUCAGGUUGCUACUCCCAGAUAUGAAGAAUACGAACAGGUUGCGGCGUCCCCUUGGGCGCAGUCACCCGCCCCCUCGCCCGCCAUUCGCUCCGACACCGCUGAGAACCCUUUCUUCGCCGAGGCCAUUGUUGAUGAGGGCUCCUUUGACCCAGCUACUGGGGCUGCCGACUAUACCGAUAUGCGCCCACCGGAAGCCAUUGGCUUAGAUAACUCAUGGACUGUCCUCCACAUUCCGCUUACUCACGUUCUGCAGUCAAGGCAAACGCGACCAUUCAAACUCGACGCUACCAAUAUGGAACAGAGGUUGCAUGGCCAAAGACCCGAGAGUCCGCCAAGUCUUGCAACUGACUCCAAGAAGAAUAAGCCAGCGCCGAUUGCAAUUCUGUCCCUAUUGAGCACGGUUACGCCAUACCCACCGAACUUGCGCAAGUCGUUGGAGCACCUGUCACCUCACAUGGCUACCUCAUUUUCUCUAGCUCGCCACUAUACAAAUCUCGAGACAGAGCUCGCAGGGAUUCAAAGACGGCGCCCUCCCACCACAGGCUUUGGUGCCGUUGCGCCCUAUGGGCGAUCGUAUGAGAGCACCGCUGCGCUGGCUUCAGCUGACAUUAUCCAAUUACGAUCAACCGCCGGAAGCAUUACUAGCCCCAGCGACUACUCUGCCGUCUCAAAGAGUGCUGCCGGCUCUCCGAUCGGCACACCUGGCUGGAAACGCCAGCCAAUCCCAAGUCCUGCGGCUCUGUCAGGCGGAGACAGCUACUUCAACAGUAAAUCGACGCUGGCGGGCAGACCAGAGGCCAUUAAUUCAGGAGUUCAAAGAUCCAAAUCUAGCUCUGUCGAGAUUUCGCCAGGUGACAAGAGAUCCUCACGGCUCCCUGGCAGCAGCGUCCUGUAUGGCACCAUGGAAGAGGAUGAAACGCCUCUUGAGAAACCUGGGGAAGGUAUUCCAGUGCAGCAUAGAAAGUCUCGCUCAGCGAGCAGCGCCGAGCCGGUCUUUGAACUUGGGGAGGCACCGACUAAUAGCCUCGAUGAGAAGAUCGAAGCUGAGAGGCAUGUAUCGCAGCAUCAACGCCCCCAAAACCACCCACAUACCAUGCUCCAUAGCUAUGGCGCCGAUUUCGCCUCGACUUUUCAAUCUCUACCGCCGAGCUCUAGCUUGAUGAGCCGACCGUCACCCACACCCCUCGCGCCGGGGCAAUCACGCAGCAUGUCGGCUGUUUCCGCGGCAGCGGGCGACAUGCCGCCGCCCUCUGACCGACUCAAGAGUCUCAUUCUGGACUCCCUACCUGCUCACGUCUUUGUUUCCCUGCCACAAACCGGCGAAAUCGUCUGGGUGAAUAGCCGUUAUUUGUCAUAUCGUGGACAGACUGUCAACAGUCUUGCUGCCGACCCAUGGAAGAGUCUUCACCCUGAUGACCGUGACGAGUACCUUAAGGACUGGGGUCACUCCCUGCGAACGGGGGACCAAUUCUCGCGGACAGUGCGCAUCAAACGUUUUGAUGGCGCAUACAGAUGGUUCUAUGCCCGGGCCGUCGCCUCCAAGGACAAGAGAGGGGUCAUCAUGCAAUUCCUCGGCUCAUAUAUGGACAUUCAUGACCAGCACAUUGCCGAGCUCAAGGCCGCACGCCAGGAAGAGAUUGAAGCCUCCGAAGCCAAGCACAGGUUACUGGCAAAUCUCAUUCCGCAGAUUAUUUUCACGGCGACGGAGGAUGACGGCGUUACGUUUGCGAAUGAGCAGUGGCUCUCCUAUACGGGACAGAGCUUCGAGGACGCUCUGGGACUAGGGUUUAUGGACUUUGUGCAUCCUGAAGACUUGGCCAAGUGUCGCAUCCCCAUUACUCGGCCUUGUUCUGAUGCAACGCUUUCGCAGAGAGCCGCCAGAAGAGGAAGCGACUCCGGGUCAAGGUCCGUCCGAUUCGGGCACAAGAGUACGGUUACUAGCUCUACCUAUGAAAUGCCAACAGCGGAUCUGGCUGAGCUUGCCAAGAAGGGCAUCGUUAGAAUCGGCACAGACACCAACGGCCGAGUCUCGUACACCACGGAGCUGCGAUUACGAUCCAAAAAUGGAGAUUACCGCUGGCAUCUUAUCCGUUGCGUCGAAAUUGACACGAUUGAUUUCGGUCGGGGCGCCAGCUCUUACUUUGGAUCGGCGACAGACAUUAAUGAUCACAAGCUCCUCGAGGCAAAGCUCAAAGAAGCUAUGGAGUCCAAGGGCAGAUUUCUCAGCAACAUGUCCCACGAAAUUCGAACACCACUGAUCGGCAUAUCGGGCAUGGCCAGCUUCUUGCAAGACACCACGUUGGACGAGGAACAGCGCGAUUACACAACCACCAUACAGACCAGUGCCAAUAGUCUCAUCAUGAUUAUUAAUGACAUUCUCGACUUGUCCAAGGCCGAUGCUGGUAUGAUGAAGCUCAAUUUUGAAUGGUUCCGAGCGCGAUCAAUAAUGGAAGACGUCAACGAGCUUGUGUCCACCAUGGCUAUUGGAAAAGGCCUGGAGCUUAACUAUCUCGUUGAAGCGGAUGUACCAUUGUGGGUUAAGGGCGACAAAAUCCGCAUUCGACAGGUUCUUCUCAACGUUGUGGGCAACGCCAUAAAGUUUACCGACACCGGCGAGGUCUUUAGCCGCUGCAAAAUCUAUACCGAUACCAGUGAACCGAUGGGCGAGCAUGAGAUCAUGCUCGAGUUCUCGAUUACUGAUACUGGGCGGGGAUUCACUAAGAAGGAAGCAGAAUUAAUUUUCAAGCCUUUUAGCCAGAUUGAUGGGAGCAGCACUCGACAACAUGGCGGUAGCGGAUUGGGCCUCGUCAUUUCGAGGCAACUUGUUGAACUGCAUGGAGGCAAGCUAGAGGGCACAGCCGCCCCUGGCGAAGGGUCUACGUUUACAUUUACCGCGCGGUUCAACCUGCCGACAGCUCACGACCAACCGAAUCUCCCUCAAAGCCCCGGCUCGACCAUUUCCACCUUUUCACGUCAGGAGUCUGAGGGUGGACUUAGAGGAUCCCCACAGCUCUCUGCUACGCUGAAACGUCGCAGCACCGAUGAAGCAAGCCCCAGUGAGGCUGCGUCAGGGUCGCUUUUGGCCCGCAGCAGCAGCCCUCGCAUGAGCGGUCUCUCGAGAACAGCUGCGUCUUCGCAGGCGUCUGGUCCUCUUGUUGGUGUGAACCCUGGUCUUGCUCGGUUCAGCGAGGCCGCAAAGGCCAGCGGCCAUGAUUUGAGCCAGAUGCGGUUGGAGAUUCCCGGUCGCGACUCCCUUGGGCGAACGGCAACCCCUGAUCAUGUUGGGCGACCACGACCGACCGGCAUUGCGCCACCUCCGGUCUACUCAAUUCUCGUUAUCUGCCCUCAACACCACAGUCGCGAAGCCACUGUGCAACACAUUGAAAUGACAUUGCCCAAGGAUGUGCCGCAUGAAAUCACUGCCAUUCCCACUAUUGACGAGGCGCACGACUUGAUUGGCGGCAAUGAUCCCGUCACUUUUAGCCAUAUUGUUAUCAAUCUGGGCUCUGCAGAAGCUAUCCUCGCAUUUUUAGCAGAGGUCACAACCUUGCAGAAGCUGGAGAAGACGGUCAUUGUGAUUCUGUCGGACUCGUUGCAACGCACGGCCGUGAUGAAGGCAGCCACGGGCACCCCGACGGAGCAAACACUAGAGAGCAACUCAGUCACCUUUAUCUACAAGCCUGUGAAGCCAUCGCGCUUCGCUGUUAUCUUUGAUCCGGACAAACGACGAGACCUGAGCACAGACUGGAACCGAUCCACCGCACAGCAGCUUGUUGAGAGGCAGAAGGCGAGCUAUACGGAAAUGUCAAUGCGAAUGGGCCACAAGGGCUACAAGGUGUUGGUCGUGGAAGACAAUAAGAUCAACCAAAAGGUUCUAACAAAGUAUCUGGAAAAGAUUGGCGUCGAGGUGGAGAUUGCCGAAGACGGUGUUGAAUGCACAGAGCUUGUGUUUAACAAGCCUCACAACUAUUACUCGUUGAUCCUUUGCGACAUUCAAAUGCCGCACAAGGAUGGCUACGAGACAUGCCGUGACAUUCGUGAGUGGGAAGCCAGGAAUGGCUUUGACCGGCUGCCAAUCAUUGCACUGUCAGCCAACGUCAUGUCGGUUGUCUUUGAUAAGUGCACGGCGGCCGGGUUCAGUGACUAUGUGACGAAGCCGGUCGACUUUAUCAGCCUUAGCAAGGCCAUGGUGAAAUACUUCUCUUAA